AUGGCCAAGGUACUUGAUGACAUCUCCCACAGGAGGUUCAACCUUCUUCGUGGUUCCUCCAUCUUGGUUUCUCCCCACCGAACCAAGCGUCCCUGGCAAGGAGCACAGGAGAGUCCCUCCAAGACUACCCUCCCCAACUACGACCCCAAAUGCUACCUCUGCCCUGGAAACCAACGUGCCGCCGGUGACGUCAAUCCCAAGUAUGAUAGCACUUUUGUGUUUGUCAACGACUACAGCGCCGUAAAGGAGGAGCAGGCGGACUAUGAACCCACUUACGAAGAUGAACUCGAGUCCCGCUUCCUGCAAGCCGAGCCCGUCAAGGGCAAAUGCUACGUCCUAACAUUCUCUUCGGCGCAUAACCUCACCUUGGCCGACCUUUCUCCACGUGAGAUCGUCCCGGUAAUUAACGCCUGGACUGAGAUCUACACGGCUCACCUCUCGCCCACCUCACCCCUCGCUCAGAAUGCGCCCUCGACCACCAUCCAGCCAAUCUCUCAUGAGACUAGCCCGGCCAAGCCAAAGGAGCAGUACCGGUACAUGCAGAUCUUCGAGAACAAGGGUGCUGCUAUGGGCUGCUCAAACCCUCACCCGCACGGCCAGGUCUGGACCACCAGCACGAUGCCCGAAGAGCCCGCAGCCGAAAUGACCCAGAUGCUCAAGUACCGCACAGCGCACAGCACCCACCUCCUCGAGGACUACGCCAAGCUCGAGAGCCGCAAGCAGGAGCGCGUCGUGUUCGAGAACGAGGCGUUUGUCGUCGUUUGCCCGUGGUGGGCCACAUGGCCGUUCGAGGUCAUGAUCAUCAGUCGCACCCACAAGCGUGCAUUGGUCGACCUCUCCGAUGCGGACCGCAUGUUACUCGCUGAGGCUAUUUCGGAUAUUACCCGCCGAUACGAUAACCUGUUCGAGACGCAUUUCCCGUACAGCAUGGGUAUUCACCAGGCGCCUCUUGACGGCACUAAGGAGGAGGUUGAGGCUUCCUACCUACACUUGCACUUCUACCCACCACUUCUGCGAAGCGCCACCGUACGCAAGUUCCUGGUCGGAUAUGAGUUGCUCGGUGAACCCCAGCGCGAUAUCACUCCCGAGCAGGCUGCUGCCAAGCUACGCGAUUGCGGCGGCGAGCUGUACCGCAACAAGCUAGAGUAG